AGCCAUUUGGCUGCUCGACUUCAACGUGGAUCGCUCUACAGCACUCUGAACGACAUGGCUGGUGAAGCAAAGGCCAAAGGAAAAGGAAAGGCAGCCCAUCUCAGCGCUCUCUUGAAGCUGGCCCAUUCAAAAGGAAAGGGGAAGGAAGCUGUUUGGAAGUGGAUGAAGGGCAAAGGCAAGGGGAAGAAAGAGGAAGAUCUGAAAGCGUCACUCACAGCUGAGAAGAGGAAGUUUGCAGCAAGAGCCACAGAGUUGCGACAGAUGUGCAUGGAGGAACUCCCAGCAGUCAAACGCACACCGAGAGGUUUACUAGCGAUUGAAGCACCGCCGCCUGAGAAGCCCCAGAAGGGCCGGAAGAAGAAAGAGGAGGACAAGGAGCAAGAGGAGCGAGGUGAAGACUUCGAUGAGCAAAGCAAGAAGAAGAAGCAAGAAGAGAACAAAGAAAAGGAGACUAAGGCAAGCAAGAAGAAGAAACAACAAGAGGACGAGGCUGAGGAAACAAAGAAAGCAUGCAAGAAGAAGAAGAAGCAAGAAGAGGACGAGGUACAGGAGAUUGAGGAGCCUAGCACGAAGAGAAAAAGGCCUGUCAGCAAGAAGAGUGAGACACCGGCCGAAGAGACAAGUGGUAAGAAGGGCGCAGCCAAAGCUUUAGAGGCUGAGUUCGAAGCUGCAGCUGCAGUGAAGGGUAAGACGGAGAAGCAACCCAAGAAGAAACCAAGAAAAGAGAAGAAGGCAGAAGAAGAGGAGCCGGAGGAAGAAGAGGAGGAGCUGGAAGAAGAAGAGGAGGAGCCGGAAGAAGAGGAGCAGGAGGAAGAAGAAUGUGAGGAAGAAGCAAAAAGGAAGAAUGCGGUGGAGGCCAAAAAGAAGAAGCUGGUCGGAGUGGUUCCGACAACUACUGGGUCUUUGGUUCGGCUGCGCACCAAAACCAGCUGUGAGAGCUUGGAGCCAGCAACAAACCUGAUCACGCCGGAUAGGCGUGCCAAAGUUUUCAGCCCGCUGCCGACUGACGGAAGUAGCCGUAGCCACUCAUUGAGCAGGAGCUUCUCCUCUGCCAGCGAUGGCUUGGGGUCAGUGCAGAAGGUCGAUCCAGUUCUGGUCCGCGGUGAAGAUGGCAAGACCAUUGGCGUUGGGGCCAUGGAUGAGGCUGCCAAAGCCAAGAUCCGUGCAAUGAGCCAGUCCGAUAUCCCGAUUGAGCAGCGGAGAGCUUUGUAUAACAAGCUUGGUCGCAGGAUGGAGUCAGGUACUUUGAAACCGGGACUUUUGCAAAAGUACCAG